UGUUUUGCAUGUUUUGCGAUAAAACAACGAAAUAAAACUUUUCCUGUAAAUAAUGUCCGACUAUAAUGUGUCAGAGUCAACAACUGAGGCAGAGGCACCAUCAGAACAGCAAUCCUUGUUAUCGCGUCGUUUAUCGCGGGUUGUCAGUGCAAAUGCGGCGGUACCGAAGCCUGGAGAGCGGCCUAGACAACAUCAAACAAGUCGUAUUCCCCUGGUUCGUAAACGCUCUUUAGGUCUCAGACGCCAGUUGUCAAUCUUUGACAUUGCUCGCUUAACGAUAUGCAUGCUUGGUGUUCAAUUUACCUGGACGGUGGAACUUGGGUAUGGUACACCCUAUUUGCUUUCAUUAGGCAUCCCAAAGACGUUGACGCCUCUUGUCUGGCUAGCAGGGCCUCUAUCAGGUCUUGUGAUCCAACCUGUCGUGGGGGUCUUUAGUGAUUCACUGGAUUGGAAAAUUGGUCGUCGGCGACCUUUCAUCCUGGUUGGUGCCAUGUUGACAAUCCUUUCAAUGUAUAUGGUCGCCUUUGCUCGUGACUUGGCCGAAAUAAUCACGGGAAAUCCGGAUAGUGAAGCCAAUGAUCCCUAUACAGGCGCUGUUAAGGCAUGGACAAUUGGGUUUGCAGUAGUAGGCUUUUAUUGCCUUGACUUUUCAAUCAAUGCGGUCCAAGCAAGUUGUCGUUCCUUGAUCAUGGAUAUUCCUCCAACAGACCAGCAAGAGAUUUGUAAUGCUUGGUCAGGCUGGAUGAAUAAUUUGGGAUCCGUUGUCGGUUUCUUUGCAGGAAAUCUGGAUCUGGUCAAAUAUUUUAGUCCUUACCUAGGAGAUACCCAAAUCAAGAUCUUGGCCAAUGUCGCCAUGUUCUUUUUUAUUCUCUGUCUCAGUAUCUGCUGUUUGAGUGUUAAAGAGAUCCCAUAUCGCCCUACCGAAGAAGAUAAAAAGAGAUCUAUUUGGAAUACACUCGGCAAUAUCUGGAAGGCAUUAAGGAUACUACCAGAAGAGAUCCAGCGGAUUUGCAAUGUUCAGUUCUUUGCUUGGAUGGGCUGGUUCCCUUUCUUGUUUUAUUCAACCACUUGGGUUGGUGAAAUCUUACAUCGUUAUGAAAGCACUCCAGGCGAAGGCAACAAUGACGGUCAUACCAACUCUACGAACAUCAUUCAUCUUCUUGGAGGACUUUAUCAUCAUCUCGCGCCUCAUCCACCCAGCGAACCACUCAGCCCCUCUCUUUUACUACGAUCCUCACCUUCUUUAGGCGGAGAUCCUGAAACAGAUGCAGAACGCGCAGGCUCCUUUGCUUUACUUUGUUGGGCUGGAGUUGCAGUCUUCUGUGGAAUCCUCAUCCCAAAGAUCACGCCUCAGGAGAUCGGGUUUGAACGCUGGCCCCGCAACCCAUUCACACUCAAAAACCUAUGGACCAUGUCCCUUGUCUGGUUCGCGGUCUGUAUGGGCAUGACCUGGUUUGUUGAUGACCUCUGGGCUGCAACAGGGGUGAUCGCAUUAUGUGGUGUCCCUUGGGCGGUCGCAAUGUGGAUCCCUUUUGCAAUGGUUGGUGAAAUCAUCAGUGAUAUGAAGGAUCGACUUGAAGGAAGAGAUCGAGAAGAAGAUCAAUCAACAGUAGUGGACAGGGCAAACUAUGGGACCGUCUCAUCUUCGACUACCACCUUGGAGAAUAACCCCAAGAACCAUAACAAUGAAAACAUUAGUAACAGCAACAACGUCAUCAAAAACGACCAUACCAAUUCUGAAAAUAAUGGAGAGACCAGUGUCGUUACAACCGUAGUUCCGAUUCAUGAUAAUAAUGACAACAACAAUGAUGAUGAUGAUGAUGAUGAUAAUGACGAAACAGAUCUGUUCGGCAAUCACGGACUGACUGACGCAGAAUUGGAGGCCGAGCGUAAGAGAAAAGGCCCACAUUUGGAUGCUGGGCUGGUAUUGGGUGUCCACAAUAUGUACAUUGUCUUCCCACAAUUUGUAGAUGCCAUCAUCGCUAGCUGUUUGUUUGCUAUCAUUGGAACAGCCCAGCCACGUAAUGAUUAUCCUCGACAGCCCCCAUCCACUCAUCAACCACCACCUGGAGUCGGCAUCCCUCCCAGUGAUGCCAGUUCAGACUCGAAAUUUAGGAUGAUGAGCGAACUUGUCAAGGCUGCUGCUGUUGCGACUGCACAAGGUGGCCCAGAGCCGGUGGGUUGGGUCUUACGAUUUGGAGGAUUGAUGGCCCUUAUUGCAGCGUAUCUGACUAGACGUCUUUAACCUGUUCAUCGUCUGUGUUCGGGAUUCUUUGUUAUAUAAGUAACAUUUUUGUCCGCAAGGCACUUUCCUGUCAAAACUCGAGAAAGAUUCUUUUUUUUGUUUAAAAUUCGACAACUGUAUGAUCUAACCAUUCAAUUCUAUAUUAUAAACAUGUAUAAAUAUAUAUAUAAAGGUGAAAGAUGAAAUGAAAAAGAGUGGAGCGG